GACCUACGUCACCAUAUCUGGGCAGUAGUCGGCUAAGCUAACGUUAGCCAACUAGAUUGUUGACGUUUUGUUUUUGACAUUCUUGUUCUUAGUAAAAUCGUAAGUUCUCUUGUUUAGUGAGAUAACGUUCAACAUUUUUAUUCAGCUUUCAGUAAUAGCAUUACGCUACUGGAGCGCGGAAUCUGCAAAAAUGAAAUGGAUGUUUAAAGAAGAUCAUUCCCUGGAGCACCGGUGCGUGGAGUCGGCCAAAAUCCGCCACAAGUACCCAGAUAGAGUCCCUGUUAUUGUAGAGAAAGUGUCCGGUUCUCAGAUCGUGGACAUUGACAAGCGGAAGUACCUGGUUCCCUCUGACAUCACAGUGGCCCAGUUCAUGUGGAUCAUUAGGAAGCGGAUCCAGCUGCCCUCAGAGAAAGCCAUCUUCCUUUUUGUUGACAAAACUGUCCCUCAGUCCAGUCUGACCAUGGGGCAGCUAUAUGAAAAAGAGAAAGACGAGGAUGGCUUUCUGUAUGUGGCUUACAGUGGCGAGAACACCUUUGGAUAUUAAUGCCUUUGCAUCAAAGCUCCGCCCAUCGGAUAAGGUUAACCCCACCCACUCCCAUGUCAGCUAGUUCCUUCUGG